AUGAGCUCUGCUAAGAGGAGGAAAACGUACGCUUUUCACGAGGAGUGGGAAACGGACUUUUUAUUCACAAAUGUCAACGAUAAAUGCGUUUGUCUGAUCUGUGGGUUCAGUGUGGCUGUUGGUAAACGAUGCAACGUUCAGCGCCAUUUCGUCUCAGUCCACGGUAACUUUUCACACGAGUUUCCCACGGGGAGCAACCUACGAAAAGAAAAGUGUGACGAGUCGGUGGACGCGAGUGACACCGCGCAGCUGGCUCUUUUCGUGCGUAUGGUGUUUGAGGACUUCUCCACCAAAGAGGAGUUUUUGACCUUGCUUCCACUAAAAACCUCCACCAGGGGAAUAGACAUCUACAACGUCGUAAAAGGAUAUGUGGUGGAUAAAAAGUUCCCUAUUAGAAAGCUGGUGUCCAUAACGAGUGAUGGAGCCCCUGCUAUGACUGGCCGCCACAACGGAUUUAUUGCGCAUUGCAAAGCGGACCCGGACUUUCCCAAGUUUUUGAACUACCACUAUAAUCAACUCCAUUCGACCAAAGGCAAAGCAACAUCGGAGCUUCAAAUUGUUCCUGGAGGAAUGCGCCGCGGAUCACGGGGAUCUUCUCCUUCAUACGGACAUCAGGUGGUUAAGUCGCGGUCUCUGCUCUAUGCUCUGGCUCCAGUGUGCAUCAAAAAGGCCGCAGAGCGUUCAUCCAACAUGCUGCAUCGAUUCACACAGAGCCACAGCGACCGGGGGAAGGGCCUCCAGACAGCUGGCCUAAUGCGCACUGACACUGGGACGUCCCGACAGAUCACAGGGACAGAGACUUCACCGGGACAGAGACCAACUCCUCCUGAACCGGGACAAAACGAAGCCAGAUCGUGUUUCUGUGCAAGAGGAUAG